AUGGCUGUCUCUGAGCUUGCUUGCAUCUACUCUGCCCUCAUCCUUCAAUACAAUGAGGUUAUGGUCCUGUCCAAUGUAAACAUUGCAAGUCUCAUCUUCAAUGGAGGAGCUGGUGGACCUGCCCCAGCAGCUGGUGGUGCUGCCCCUGCUGGAAGGGCUGCUCCUGUAGCACAGCUGCCUCAGCUGAGGAGAAGAAGAAAGAGGAAGCAAAAAAAGGAAGAAUCCAAGGAGUCUGAUGAUGACAUGAUCUUUGGUCUGUUUGACUAA